GUCUUUUAUUGUUUAAAAUUCAAUGUAUUACUUUCGAAAGUUCUCUCUCAACAGUUUAUACGUAUGAAAUUUUGCAGAAAUGUCUGCGUAACGCUUGAAAGUCAAGAAAAUUGUGAAGUUGAUUUAAGUAUUACUUAUCAGGUAUCAAAUGCAUCGUGGCAUCCAUCAUACGAAAUUCGUGUUGAAAGUGAUGCAAACACAUUAAAGCUGCUUUGUUUUGGUAAUAUAAAUCAAAAUACUGGAGAAGAUUGGAUUAAUGCAUCUAUAAAUUUAAGUACUUCAAAACCAAUUAUUGGUGGUGUAUUACCAAAACUUGGGACGCUGGUUGCAGAAUUUUUUAAGCCUGAACCUGUUCCACAAUUUGCAGCUUUUGCACAGCCAUGUGCUGCUCGGACUAAACCACGCGCAGUAACGUAUGCUGAAUCUUCAAUGUCUACAACAUUUACAAUCCCAAAUCGUAAAUCUAUCAUGUCAAAUACAACAGAUCACAAACUGCUAAUGACUUCUGUAAUUCUGGAUACGACUAUGUGUUACGAAUGCAUACCAUCCAAAAGCACAAAUGUUUAUCUUACUGCUUACGUUAUUAAUGAUUCUUCAGUGCCAUUUCUUGCAGGCCAAGCAGCUAUUUAUGUUGAUAAUUGCUUUGUUGGAAAGCACACUUUCAAUGCUGUAUCACCAGGAGAACGUUUUAAAUGCUUGCUAACCAUUGAUCCAGCUAUUAAAGUUGAAUAUAAGCCUGUUAAUAAGUAUACUGAGCAGGUUGGAUUGAUAACGAAGUCAGUAACAACAAUGCAUGAACGAACAGUUGUGAUAAAAAAUACAAAAUCUUCGUCCGUCUUAGUAAUUAUAAGAGAAAAUAUACCAAAGUCAACGGAUGAAAAAAUUAAGAUCAAAUUAUAUUCACCAGAACUAGACAGUAAGGAUGAGAGGGAAUUUUUGGUACCAACGAUUGGUGCACGUUUGGAUGUAGAUCAUAAUUUAGAAUGCGUUCAAAAAAUUGAAAGUAAUGACAAAAAAGAAUUACUAAUCAAAUGGUCUACUGAACAUCCAAAAGAGGAAACAGUUAAUUUUCGUGAAGUUUUUUCACAUGGAAACUCAUAA